UGACCAGCGCAGGAGAAAGAGAUAGAGAGAGAGAGGGAGAGCAGCAGCAGCAGGAGGAGGGAUGCUCCUCUCUCCCUGUGUUCCUCUGUUCCUCUGUGGAGUAUUAUGGGCUGUUCCUCCUAUUCCUCUCUGCUCUUGGAAUAACGCUGAGGAAGAUCUGAGGAGGGAACCUUUGUUUUUUCCUGAGUGAGGAUUUUUACACAGGGUGUGUGAAAGUGAGUGUGUGUGGGUGUGGGUGUGGGUGAGGGUGUGUGUGUGAGUGUGUGGUUGCCGUGGGGACGGUUAAAUCAUGGCUCAUGCGGCGUCCCAGCUGAAGAAGAAUAAGGAUGUGGACAUCAACGCUCUGGAGGACGACAAAGAGCAGAGGCGCAGGAAGAACAGGAAACACUCCCGAGAGCAGAAGAAGAAGUCGGACAGUAAUGCCAGUUACCUGCGGGCGGCGAGGGCAGGUAAUCUGGAGAAAGCUCUGGACUACCUGAAGACUGGUGUGGACAUAAACAUCUGCAACCAGAAUGGACUAAAUGCUUUGCACUUGGCCUCUAAAGAGGGUCAUGUGGAGGUGGUCGCAGAGCUGCUCAAGCUGGGGGCCAGUGUUGAUGCAGCCACCAAGAAGGGAAACACUGCCCUGCACAUUGCAUCGCUGGCCGGACAGACGGAUGUGGUGCGGGAACUCGUGACCAAUGGAGCUAACGUUAAUGCACAGAGCCAGAAUGGCUUCACACCGUUGUACAUGGCUGCUCAGGAGAACCAUCUGGAGGUGGUUCGAUUUCUGCUGGAGCAUGGAGCCAGCCAGAGCAUCGCCACCGAGGAUGGUUUCACCCCUCUGGCGGUGGCGCUGCAGCAGGGUCAUGAUCAGGUGGUCUCUCUGCUGUUGGAGAACGACACUAAGGGUAAAGUGCGGCUCCCUGCGCUCCACAUCGCCGCCCGCAAGGACGACACCAAAUCUGCAGCUCUGCUCCUGCAGAACGACCAUAACGCAGACGUGGAGUCAAAGAUGAUGGUGAAUAGAACAACAGAGAGUGGCUUUACUCCUCUUCACAUCGCGGCUCAUUACGGGAACAUCAACGUGGCCACGCUGCUGCUGAACAGGGGAGCAGCGGUGGACUUCAUGGCGAGGAAUGACAUCACUCCGCUGCAUGUAGCAGCUAAAAGAGGGAACGGGAACAUGGUGAAGCUUCUGCUGGACCGAGGAGCCAAGAUUGAUGCCAAGACCAAGGAUGGGUUGACCCCCCUGCACUGUGGAGCACGGAGUGGUCAUGAGCAGGUGGUGGAGAUGCUUUUGGACAGAGGAGCUCCGAUCCUCUCCAAAACUAAAAACGGACUGUCUCCCCUGCACAUGGCCACUCAAGGUGAUCACCUGAACUGCGUCCAGCUCCUCCUGCAGCACGAUGUGCCGGUGGAUGAUGUCACUAAUGACUACCUGACUGCUCUGCACGUGGCGGCGCACUGUGGGCACUAUAAAGUGGCCAAAGUCAUAGUGGACAAGAAGGCCAACCCAAACGCUAAAGCACUGAACGGUUUCACUCCACUGCAUAUCGCCUGUAAGAAGAACAGAGUGAAGGUGAUGGAGCUGCUGCUGAAACACGGAGCAUCUCUACAGGCCGUCACUGAGUCGGGGUUGACGCCGAUCCAUGUGGCAGCGUUUAUGGGUCAUGAGAACAUAGUGAAGCAGCUGACACACCACGGAGCCUCACCAAACACAACUAAUGUGAGAGGAGAAACAGCGCUACACAUGGCAGCAAGAGCAGGGCAGGCUGAUGUGGUGAGAUAUCUUCUACAGAACGGAGCUAAAGUGGAUAUCAAGGCCAAGGAUGAUCAGACAGCGCUCCACAUCGCCAGUCGUCUGGGGAAGGCAGAGAUAGUUCAGCUGCUGCUACAGAAAGGGGCGUGGGCCAGUGCAGCCACGACUUCAGGAUACACUCCCCUGCACCUGGCAGUGAGAGAAGGCCAUCAGGAGACUGCAUCCUUACUGCUGGAGCAUGGAGCUUCACUGUCUGCAGCUACAAAGAAGGGAUUCACUCCUUUGCAUGUUGCUGCUAAAUACGGUCAGAUAGAGGCAGCAAAACUACUGCUACAGAAAAGAGCAGCACCUGAUACAGCAGGCAAGACUGGGUUAACUCCGCUGCAUGUAGCCGCUCACUAUGAUAAUCAGAGAGUGGCUCUGCUGCUGCUGGACCACGGGGCCUCACCACACGCUGCAGCAAAGAAUGGGUACACUCCUCUCCACAUCGCCGCUAAGAAGAACCAGCUGGAGAUCGGAACGACGCUGCUGGAGUUCGGAGCGGAGACGAACGCCGUGACCCGGCAGGGAAUCAGCCCACUGCACCUGGCCGCACAAGAGGGUAGCGUGGACCUGGUGUCCCUGUUACUGACCAAAAAUGCCAACGUUAACAUGGGCAAUAAGAACGGGCUGACUCCGCUGCACCUGGCGGCACAGGAGGACAGAGUGGGUGUGGCCGAGGUUCUGCUGAAUCACGGGGCUGAGGUGGACGCUCACACUAAGACGGGAUACACCCCGUUGCAUGUGGCCUGUCACUAUGGCAACAUGAAGAUGGUGAGUUUCCUGUUGGAGAAUCAGGCAAAGAUCAACAGCAAAACAAAGAGUGGAUACACUCCUCUACACCAGGCAGCGCAACAAGGCCAUACCCAUAUCAUUAAUAUGCUGCUUCAGCACAGAGCUUCAGCCAAUGAGCUCACACUGAAUGGCAAUACCGCUCUCUCUAUUGCACGGCGGCUCGGCUAUAUUUCUGUGGUUGACACUCUGAGAGGACUGACAGAUGAAAAUCUCACUGCAACGCCACCGGUGUCGGAGAAACACAAGCUGAAUGUUCCGGAAACCAUGAACGAAUUCCUGGACAUGUCGGACGAUGAGGGUGAAGAUGCGAUGACUGGGGAGACAGAGAAGUACCUGCGGCCACAGGACCUGAAGGAACUCGGCGACGAUUCGCUACCGCAGGAGGGCUACAUGGGCUUUAGCAUCGGAGCGCGAUCAGUCAGCCCCAGGAUCAGCUCGGACAGAUCCAACACCCAGAACAGGACGUCCUGUGUGAGAGACAGCAUGGUGAUAGAGGAAGUCAUCGCGCCCACCAAAGACACGCUGCAGAGUGUCUUUAAAGAUAUCUCCUACAUGGUGGACCCUCAGAAUAAGCACCUGUCUGUCAGCCGGGAGCAGAAUGAGAGUCUGAGGCGUUACAGCUGGACCCCUGACACCAUGGACCACUCACACAACACCGUGUCCAGCCCCAUUCACUCCGGCCCUUCUUCCCCGCUCCCCCAGUAUGACUCCAGGUUCCUGGUCAGUUUCAUGGUGGACGCUAGGGGUGGGUCCAUGAGGGGAAGUCGUCACGAUGGCAUGCGCAUCAUCAUCCCGCCCAGGAAGUGUCCGGCGCCCACGCGGAUUACCUGCCGCUUAGCCAAGCGCCACCGGCUGGCGUACCCACCCCCCAUGGUGGAGGGGGAGGGGCUGGUGAGCAGGCUGGUGGAAGUCGGGCCGGCCGGAGCUCACUUUCUUGGGCCGGUUAUUGUAGAGAUCCCUCAUUUCGGUUCCAUGCGUGGGAAAGAGCGCGAGUUGAUUGUUUUACGCAGUGAUAAUGGGGACACGUGGAAGGAGCAUCACUACGACUGUCGUGGAGAAGAUCUGCUCGCUCUGCUCAAUGGCAUGGACGAGGAGCUGGACAGCCCAAUAGAGCUGGAGAAGAAGCGAAUCUGCCGCAUCGUCACUAAAGAUUUCCCACAGUACUUUGCAGUAGUGUCUCGUAUUAAGCAGGAGAGUGACCAUAUGGGUCCGGAGGGCGGAGUCUUGACUAGUGAGGCUGUUCCCAUGGUGAGGGCUGCCUUUCCUCCUGGAGCGCUCACCAAGAAGAUCCGUGUCGGCCUACAGGCCCAGCCUGUACCAGAGGAGGUGGUGCGGAAUGUGAUCGGGAACCGAGCCUCGUUCAGCCCCAUCGUUACUGUUGAGCCCCGCAGGAGGAAGUUCCAUAAACCCAUCACCAUGACCAUCCCUGUCCCACCCAGAGCCAAGGAGGCGGCGGCUAAUGGGCGGAAAGGUGACCCUGCUCCCUGCCUGAGACUGCUCUGCAGCAUCACAGGUGGCACAUCUCCAGCUCAGUGGGAGGAUAUUACUGGUACCACUCCACUCUCCUUCGUCACUGACUGUGUUUCAUUUACCACCAACGUCUCAGCCAGGUUCUGGCUGGCGGACUGUCAGCAGGUUAGUGAGACAGUGGCCCUGGCCACUCCUCUGUACAGAGAGUUGAUCUGCGUUCCAUAUCUAGCGAAGUUUGUGGUGUUUGCGAAGCCGACGGACCCGAUGGAGGCGCGACUGCGCUGCUUCUGCAUGACCGAUGAUAAAGUGGACAAAACUCUGGAGCAGCAAGAGAACUUUGAGGAAGUGGCUCGGAGCAAAGAUAUUGAGAUUCUGGAGGGAAAGCCCAUCUAUGUGGAUUGUUAUGGCAACCUAGCCCCCUUCAGCAAGAGCAGCCAGCAGCUCAUCUUCACCUUCUACGCCUUUAAAGAGAACCGACUGCCUUUCAAUGUCAAGGUGCGCGAUGUUGGACAGGAGGCCUGUGGGAGACUGUCAUUCCUCAGAGAACCCAAAAGCAGUAAAGGCCUUCCUCACAGUGCCAUCUGCAACCUCAACUUCACACUGCCAACGCACAGGAAGGAAAUGGAGUCAGAUCCUGAUGAUGAGAAUGACAACAAAGAUCGACGUCAUACCUUUGCUUCAUUUGCUUUACGAAAGCGCUACAGCUAUUUGACCGACCCAUCAUCCAAAACAGCCGAAAGAGGCCACAACACCACUCCGAAAACCACGCCGCAGCCUUCUGGCUACGCUUACAAGCCUGUCUUUACGACACGCUCCUACCAGGCUUGGGCGACCAGCCCGCCCGUCACCGCCACCGGCCAGGCCAAGUCGGGCUUCGGCUCCCUCUCCAGCUCCUCCUCCAACACCCCCUCAGCCUCCCCACUGAGGUCCGUGUGGUCUGUAAACUCUGCCUCCCCCAUCAGAUCAGUCAUCGGAGGCUCACCUGCAUCCUCCAUCAAAUCUGCCAGCGACGUCGCAUCACCGAUACGCUCCUAUCGAACCAUCUCUUCCCCGAUAAAGACAGUUGUGCAGCAGGCCCAGUACCCCGUCCAGGCCUCCCCAACCCUCUUGUCUUCCCCGGGGAAGAACAUCCCUGACACUGUCUCUGUAAAAGGCUUGGCCAACCUUUCUGCCAGAACCUCUCCAGUCCCUACUGGAGGUGCACUUCUGGAGAGAUCCUCCAUUGCUAUGACCCCACCUGCUUCACCCAAGUCCUCUCUGAACAUGUAUAACUCCAGUUUGCCCUAUAAAUCUGUCAUAACCUCAAAUGCUCCGUCAACUGGUUCUCCAAUCAAAACAGUCCCAGGCCUCUCCUCAAUCCGAACAACAACUGAUGCUUCCAGCUCCCACCGAGGAUUUCUCAGCUCCCUCUCCUCACCACUGAAAACCAACUCCAGCUCCAAUGCAGCAGCCCUCAUUAAUGGGACAGUGUCACCAACUAAAUACCGCUCCUGCUCCCCUAAUUCACUCAUGUCAGGCAGCCUUCAGGAAAGGAUACAGGCUACAACAAAUGCUGCCACCACCAGCGUGAAUGCUGCCUUCGAUGAAGUUGAGAAGACACUAAACUCCUGCUCUGCAGGCUACGGCACGCUCAAGUCUGUGUCUUCUUCUCCAUCGUCCUCCUUUCAAUCUAUCCGGUCCUCAGGCUCCAACUCCAUCUAUGCCUCACUGAGAUCCCCUCCCAACUCCACCACAUCUGUGACCUGCAGCACAAUCACAGUGCCUGUUUAUUCUGUUAUAAAUGUUUUGCCUGAACCCCAAUUUAAGAAGCUUCCUGAUAUCUCCAAAUCAACAGCAGCACUCCUGUCCCCCAGAAAAUCUAUGCCCCCAGAGACAAAUGCCCAAACACAGUCUUCCUUUGCCAAAACCCUGUCCCCAGUUAAAACGCCCCUGUUCAUGUCCCCUGCAACUCUGAAGUCCACGUCCCCAUCCCCUUUGUCCAACAGCCAAGAGAUAUUGAAAGAUGUGGCUGAAAUGAAGGAGGAUCUAAUCAGAAUGUCAGCCCUUUUGCAAACUGACACAAACUCUGCUUCCAAAGGCUUCCGAUCUGACUCCCCAAAAGAGCAUAAAAUGGAGGAUGAGGAACCCUUCAGAAUUGUGGAGAAAGUCAAACAAGACUUGGUCAAGGUCAGUGAGAUAUUAACCAAGGAUGUUCUGAGGGAGAGCAAGGCGAAUAUCAAAAAUACCAAGGUUGAAGAAGAUUUGGAGGAUGAUAUUGAUGAGAUCCAGCAAAAUGGAUGGAGGUGUCCCCCUCGAUAUGAGACAGUGGCACCUCAAGCCAAAUCAAAAAACAUACCUGACAGAGAUUUUAAUCUGGCAAAGGUGGUUGAUUACCUGACCAAUGACAUUGGAACAAGUUCCCUGUCAAAAAUUGUGGAAGCAAAACAAAGAAAUGAAGAGGUAAGGAGAGAGGGAGAAGAGAAACAGAAACGCAUCUUAAAGCCUGCCAUGGCCGUUCAAGAGCACAAGCUCAAAAUGCCCCCUUCCAACAUGCGACCAUCCCCCUCGGAGAAAGAACUCUGUAGACUAGCAGAUGCAUUGUUUGGCACUGAUGCAGUUCUUGAUUCCCCAGAUGAUAUCUCUCACGACCAGGAUAAAAGUCCACUCUCAGACAGUGGGUUUGAGACUCGGAGUGAGAGGACUCCUUCUGCUCCUCAGAGCGCUGAAGGAAUGGGGCCCAAAGCACUGUUUCAGGAAAUCCCACCUGUUAUCACCGAAACACGAACUGAGGUUGUACAUGUUAUCCGGAGCUAUGAGCCUCCAGAGGACAGCAAAGAACCAAUAAUGGAAGAGGUUAAAAUGGUAAAAACUCCAGCCCGAUGCAUUGACACAGAACCUAGGUCUCCUGGUGGCUCCAUCAAGGAGAGGGUGAAAGCCUAUCAAGCCAGAACCAAUCCAGAGGAAGACAUGGUGGGCAAAGGUAUGCGCCUCAAAGAGGAAACUCACAUUACAACCACCACACGAAUGGUGUAUCACAAGCCACCAAGUAAAGAGGCAGCAUCGGAAAGACUUGAGGAGACCAUGUCUGUGAGAGACAUUAUGAAAGCCUUCCAGUCAGGUCGAGAUCCAUCCAGAGAGAUAACUGGAUUAUUUGAGCACAAGGGCAACAAUGAGGGACCAGAACAACAUCAGAGACAUCUUGAAAGGGACUCAAUGCCAAAAGUGGAACGCAUCAUUGAGGUUCACAUUGAGAAAGGAAAUAAAGCAGAACCAACAGAGGUCAUCAUUAGGCAAACCAAAAAUCACCCUGAGAAAGAAAUGUACAUCUACCAAAGCAGCAGUGGCAUAAAAGAACUUCAGAAUCAAGAGGAAAUGGAACUUCUGGAGGAUCAAGAGCCUGAAGAAUCCCUGCCCUGCUAUUUGGACUCCCCCAGAGUGAACACACCAGUCUCUCAAGAUGAUGACAGCCGGCCUAGCUCUGCCCAGUUAAUGGCUGAUGACUCGUAUAAAACUCUAAAGCUACUCAGUCAGCACUCCGUGGAAUACCAUGAGGAAGAAUCAGCAGAUACGAGGGGAGAGUCAUACAAAUUUGCAGAGAAAAUGCUCUUCUCUGAGAAAUUUGACUCUUCUCAUUCUGACUCUGAUGAAUCUGUGAUUGACAGAUCUCGUUACUAUGAUGAGGGAAUGCAGAGUGGCUCAAUGAGAGAAUUCAUGCUUAAACCUGACAAGCCAGGCACAGCCUCGAGUGACAAAGAAAACUAUGACAAGCUAACACUCCUGCAGUAUGCUUCAGAUCCCGGCAGUCCAAAAAAGUCAAUUUGGAUGAAAGUGUCUGAAGAUAAACAAAGUAAAAAUAAGGACAAGUUAGUGUAUGAGGACAGAGUACACAGAACUGUUAAAGAAGCAGAGGAGAAGCUAAGUGAAGUUUCACAGUUUUUCCGUGACAAAACUGAAAAAUUGAAUGAUGAGCUCCACUCCCCUGAGAAAAAGCACCGUAGGCCAGAUGCUCGAGAGACUAGAUCAGGACCCAGUUCCACCUGCAGCAGCCCUGAGAGAUCAGUGUUUAGAAAUGGAGGGAGUGGAGAGGAGUGGAGCAGAGAUAGGUUUAGAGACAGGUACGGAGCUCAUGACAGAAAGUGUGCCAGCCUGCCUAGCAGCCCAGAGAGACGUGUUUUGCUUCAAUGCAAUGAUGACAGUGGAAAACAGGGAGACUGCUCAUCAGCUAGCAGUGCAAGCGAGUCCUCUAAAUAUUUCCAGCCCUCCACAUCGAAGGUUAGCUCAGUUAGAAUGAAAUUCGAAUCAGACUCUCACAAGCAAGACAAGGGGCCCCAAUAUGAUCAAACAUCUGGUUCCCCAGUAAGGAAGCUACAGGAAAGUAAACUGCCUGUCUAUCAAGUUUUUGCUGGGGGGAAUCACUCUAAAGCAUCAGAUUCUUCCAAAGGCGAGCACAGCCCAAAGAAAGUCCAAGAAAGCGAAAGUGGGCAAAGUUAUAAUGUCAGAAGAGCACAAGCCCUUGCUGACAGGAAUAGAAAUGUAUCAGAUAACACCUCUCCCAAACAUCAGAAAAGCAUCCACAGCAGAGAACCAGAUGCAGAUCGUAAGACUUACAAAACUUGGGAAAGUCAUGGCAAUGGACACCACAAAACCCCAAAGUCAAAAAUGUCCCACACCCUAGUUCAGGAUGCUAUGGUUGAUGGCGAAGAUAAUGGUAAUUCCAUCAAAGGGGAAACAACAAAAAAGAUCAUAUAUACUGAGCUAGUAAUACGAGAAGACCCGAGCAGCACUGACAAACACAGUGGUUCUCAAAAAAAAAACUCGGAAUCACAAAUUCCUGUUAGGGUUUCAUCUAGUCUUGUAGAUCAUCACCAAAGUAGCAUCUUAAAGCUAGAUUCAUCUGUUAAAUCUGAUGGAGUAGGGUCCCACAUACCAACGUUAGAUAGAAGCAAGCAUCACUGUAGUUCUGAUGCUUACAAAUCAUCAAGUGAUGUAUUGUCAGUAGGAAAUGCUAACGUAGUCUGUAAUGGUGUGGAUAGUGACCAAAUUGAAUAUAUUGAGAGAGUGACUCCAGGCGUCACUGCAGACAUCAAACCUCUGCCAGUUUAUGUCAGCAUUCAAGUAGGAAAGCAGUAUGAGAAGGAGACAGCUUCUAGCCAACUUAGCACAUACAAAAAAGUAGUUAGCCACGAGAGCCGAACAGUGCACGAGACGAGGGGCGCGUUCUACACAGUCAAGCAGAAACAGCAGUCUUCACCUCAGGGCAGCCCAGAAGAUGACACCUUAGAGCAAGUGACUUUCAUGGAAAGUUCUGGAAGAAGUCCUGUCACGCCUGAGACACCUAGCUCUGAUGAUGUUAGCUAUGACCUCAAUUCCAGAGCGCCAGAUUCUGUUAUCGGCUCUAUGACUGGCAUGCCCAGCCCGAUUCCAGAAGAGUCAGAGGAAGAGGAGCAAAAGACUUUUAUUUUCAGGGAAUUACCAGCAGAGAAAGCCAAACCUGCCACACCCCCUGAGUCCCCAAAAGGCAAGCAUGAAUCACCUGGAAAAAGAACAAAAGACAAACGAGUAGCGUACAUUGAAUUUCCUCCACCGCCACCACUUGAGGCUGAGCAUUCUGACCCUGAGAAAAAGGCCUCAUGUCCGUCCUCUGAGGCAGAAACAGAUAUGAUGGAGGUAAAUCUCCAGGAGGAGCAUGACAGGCACCUCCUGGCAGAGCCUGUAAUCAGAGUACAGCCACCCUCUCCUCUUCCACCUGGAGCUGACAACAGUGAUUCCAGUGAUGAUGAGUCUGUCUUUCAACCCAUUCCUCUCAAAAAAUACACCUUCAAAAUGACAGAAGAGGGUGAAAAACGAGUCAGGCCUCGGAAACCAGAGCGAAAUGGCGCCAAUCACAAAGAGUCGAGUGUGAAUGGUGUCAUCAAAGGAGAGGAUGUGGACCUUGAGCAGAAUGGCAAUGAUCAGUCCAUCACUGACUGCUCUAUAGCAACAACUGCUGAAUUUUCCCAUGACACCGAUGCUACAGAGAUAGACUCCCUUGAUGGUUAUGAUCUGCAGGAUGAGGAUGAUGGGUUGAGUGAUCCCAAAACCUCCAGCCUUUCAAAUGAUGGAAAAACAGCUGAUCGCUCCUUCAGCCAGAGCAAACUAGAAGUGAUCGAAGAGGAGAGCUCUCCGAAUGAGGAUAAUGGAGAAAAUGCAAAAUUCAAAACCAACUCAUCAAACAAAAAGUCAGAGGCUGAUAAAGAUCAAGAUACAAUCUACUCUUUGGAGGGAAGGCAUCCUGACAGGCAAGCACAACCAGAUAGUUAUUUCAGCUACAAACUUGAGGAGGAACUAAAUACCACUUUCAAAACUGUUGCCACCAAAGGCUUGGACUUUGACCCAUGGUCAAGCAAAGGAGCAGAAGAGGGAGUAUUUGAUGCAAAAGGCAAAGACGAAGAUCCAAAACCUUUUGGUUUGUCAGUGGAAGACAAGUCACAAGCUACUACACCAGACACUACUCCGGCUCGUACGCCAACUGAUGAGAGCACUCCAACUAGCGAGCCCAACCCCUUCCCCUUCCAUGAGGGCAAGAUGUUUGAGAUGACUCGCAGUGGCGCUAUUGACAUGAGCAAGCGGGACUUUGUUGAGGAGAGGCUUCAGUUUUUCCAGAUUGGUGAGCAUACUGCAGAUGGGAAGUCAGGGGACAAGGGCAAUGGGGGCAGAAGUGCGGGGGUAGGUGCCUCCCAAACAAAGGCAGGGGAGAGAACUGUAGAGGGGAAGGUAGAGGCCAUCACAGACAUUAUACCAUCCAGAGGCAGUCCAGCUCAGGGCAGCACUGGCUGCCAGGAUGCACCUCCAUGCACUGACACUGUAGGCGAAACCGCCUCCUCUUGCACUGUUACGGCCUCCAAGGUCGACCCUAAAUUGCGCACCCCUAUAAAGAUGGGAAUCGCUGCCUCCAUAACCAUAAAGAAAGACUCUGGUUCUGCUGAACUGAGUGACUUUAAAGCAGAUGCCACAGCAAGUCAGAUGCCUGAGUAUGUUAGCUUGGAAAGCCACUUAACCGAGAGUCAGUUCAGUAGCAGAUCCUCUGAUUCAGCAGCAACUGACAGGAAAGAUUUUCCCUCAGAGAACUGCAAUAACAACAAUAAUCUAGAGGCCUCCAGUGUCCAGGCUAACUACAUCCAGUGUGGUAGUGUAGUGUUUAACCUUCAGUCAUCCUCUGAACCCACUCUACAGAAAGCCAGUAGAAUAGAAGCUCAGUUCUGUAGGGAUUCCACAGAGACAGCAGAGGACACCUUUGGUACUCAGAACCAUCAGGAAAGGGCAGACUCUCAGAAAAUAGUAGAAGUCAAGGGCCACCCCAAAUCUAGGCUUCCAGUCAAGGCCACAGGGUUUACUUUUAACAACCAAAGCUCAGGGAAGCAAAAACCUAAGCAAGCUGUCAAACCUGAGGCCAGGAAAGUGGACCCUGCAUCCAGUACUGUAGAGCCCAGAUCUAGAAUUCCAGUCAAAGAUUUCAAAAGGAGUGGUGCAGCCAGUUCUGCUGUAGCAGCUCAGGCACGACCCCGGUCAGGAAAGCCUGGGGAGGUGGAGAGAGUAGUCAAGCAGGUAGUUCCUCCCCAGCCGCCAAACAGAGACAGGUCAUCAGGGGUUGCUUUAAGCAGCUGCUCAGUCAGUGAGGCAGACAGGGCCAACCUGAGUGAGCUAUGUAGGCAGUCGAUCAAAUUCUUUCAGAGCGUUAGCGGGGGAGCAGCAAAAGUGGCGGAUCGCCUUUCAGACGAGGAGAAACAGACGCAGGCAGAGCAGUCGGAGGAGGACAGCAGCACAUCACGAAGCACCUCCCUAUCGGACCCCUCCCAGUCCCAGCCCUCCCUCUCUGCCAGCUCCUCCCGAGGGGUCACACCCUCAAGAUCAAAGGUCACGAGGUCCGCGGGCAGUGAGAGGAGGAGGACUAGGCGGACAGGAGGAGGGAAGGAGGGCAAUAAGGGCGCAGGUGCUCGUGGGGCGCCCCCCAUCGCGGAGAUCAAGCCUAGUCCGCAAAGCCCAUGUGAGAGAACGGACCUUCGCAUGGCGAUUGUAGCUGAUCAUCUGGGACUCAGUUGGACAGAGCUGGCUCGAGAGAUGAAUUUCUCAGUGGAUGAGAUCAAUCACAUCCGCACCGAAAACCCCAACUCCCUCACUGCCCAGAGCUUCAUGCUCCUGAAGAAGUGGGUGAGCAGAGAUGGGAAGAACGCCACUACGGACGCGCUGACGGCAGGGCUGACCAAAGUGAACCGGAUGGAUAUUGUGACUCUGCUGGAAGGGCCCAUAUUUGACUAUGGUAACAUUUCAGGCACCAGAAGUUUUGCAGAUGAUAGCGCUGUGUACCAGGAGAAAGCGGAUGGCUGGGCCAGCGAGAACUCUGGCGCCAACGCUGAGGCACUUGCUCAGGGGCGGAGCCACAGCACAGACCUCAUUGACAGGCAGGACAACAGUCAGGAGAACUCCAGUGACUCAGUAACAUCAUCGCCCAGAGGGGAUUCUGGAAAACCUCGUCAGAACGGCGAGCAUUCUGAAACCCCGCACCGCAGCACGGCAUCCCAGGAUUCAGCCGGUGGGGUGAAGGGAGGGGCAGGACGAGAGGAGGGAACACUGCUAGUUGAACACAAAGUAAAGCAGCGUACAGCUACAGAGACUGGCUCAGACGAGGAACGCACCAUCACCACACGAGUGUUCCGCAGACGCCUGGUCCUGAAGGGAGACGAGGCAUGGAACAUUCCGGGAGAUUCUGUUUCAGAGGAACAGUUUGUAGAUGAGGACGGAAAUGUCAUCACCAGAAAAGUGAUCCGGAAGGUGAUUCGGCGGGUGGACACUCCGACUCCGGAGGAUCAGGAUGGUAAAGGCUGUUUUCCCUCGUUGGGGGAGAGCAGUGACCCCCCCACAGAUCCACAGCCUGAGGGAGAUGCUUCCAAGGUGAGAAGAAAAGAGGAGAGAAGGUCUUCAGAGAAGAAGUAUCACUCCUAGAUGCACUUCAGCAUGAAUAGGUUCUGCAGGUGUUUCUCUCAUCUGUCUCCGGAGGGCGGGGCCAGUACAGUUGAACAAGGAGAAAGGGAACUAGUUGACCAAUAGUAAUGCAGCUUCCACAGCUUCCCCGCGCUGAGAUGCAUGGUGUUCUGGGACACAAACCAGCCUCCUCCCCUCGCCCACUCUCGCAUGAGCAUGACAGCACAUACUCCGCCUUCCGUCGUCGCACAUCCUGCUUCCAGUUUGAGAGGGGCCAGGAGAAAUCCACUUCCGAUCAGCAGCAGAUUCUGGAAUAUUCCGUGCCCUUCUACAGUGGGAUCUGUAUGGAUAUGAUGAUUUACGCCUUUUGGAGAAACCACAUGACUCCAGCAAUGUGUCAUCUUUCUGGAAAAAUUAAAUUUUUCAGGAAAAAUGUGUCAUUUUUCCAAAACAAAAUCGCCCAUCCUUCUUAAACCACGAGGCAUAUUUAUCAAAUCUUUCACCUCUCUGGAAAAAUCUAUCACUUUUCUGGAAUUCUGUCACUUUUCUGUGCAUCGGAAGUGCUGGUGUGGAUCUUUUUAACAGCUUUGGAGGAAUUCUAAUAAUGAGAAACACCACCGUAACUCAGAACACACACUUACACACACUCUUUAUUGUGACCAAAGACGGCACAAAAGCUCUUUUUCACUGAAAAAAAAUAUCCACAAGGAUGCUUUUUACUCUAUGCUUCCUGUUCGCUUUCCUCCCUUGCACAGCCCCGCCCCCGUCAGGAGGAGGAAGGCGUGGCUUAUUUGUGUUGGUUUUUAAACCGAAACAAACAAAUGACAAAAACAAUUAAUUAACGUGGUGAUUUUUUUUUUCUGUACAUAAGUUAACAUUGUGUAAAUGAUUCUUAAUAAUAGCCGUUAGUUUGGAGCGGGAGCGCCACUGUCGGUGGUGCUUUCGCCAUUUUAGGAAAGCCGGAGUGAAACUCUCGCGCACUGCUCUUCUGUAACUCAUUACUGAUUAUAGUGGGUAGGUUUGUACAUGAAAAAUAAAAAAAAAAUCAACUUACACAGGGGACCUUUCCUGAAAAGAAGCGUUCUCUGCGAAUUUGAGCAGUUCCCAGAGUGGGAAUUUCAGAUUACUGAUAUUUGGAUGCAUGCAGUCCACCUUAUAUUUUAAGUACCUUCUUUUCUAAGUUUGCAGAAACUCUGUAUUUAAACCCAUUUAAAAUGAAUACUAAUAAUAAAAUACUCUUUUUUUUUGUCCUCCUGUGCACAUACAGCUCUGAGGUUUGCCACACUUUUUCUACCCUUGAAACACAUUGUGUGAAGGACUUUAGCCUCGUGGCCCUUUGGGGCGGGGUGGCACGCUGUCCCCUGCUGGCCAGCCGCGCUGUGAUGGAGGAAUGAACUGAAUGUACUCACUAGAAAACUGGCUGGUUGUUCAACUAAACGUCUGAUGUCGUGUAGAAAUCAGCUAAAUCCAUGUACAAGUCUCUUUCUCUGUGUGUCCUAAGGCUGUGUGUGUGUGUGUGUGUGUGACCAUUAUAACGGUCAGUUUCCUCACAGGGUGGUUUUUAGCUUAAAAAAAAUGCUUUUAUUUUGCUUUUUUCAGGUUUCUGGUGAAUAUUUUCUUCCCGAGCGUUUAUAUUAAAUGUGCAGAGACUAACACGACGACACUGAAGGUCAUGCUGAUUAUUUUAUACCUAAUAAGCUUGUGUUGACCCUGUGUGACCCCUGUUUAGGACAGAGUCUGUGUGUUGCUGUGCUUUACUUUUAUUUUGGCUUGUUUUCUUUAGUUGAGAUGGUUUAAGUAAAGCUGCUGGGGGAGGGGGGGUAAACUAAGCUGACUGUAGUUUACAGAUUUCUCAGAAGGAAAAAAAAAAAGAAGAGACGUCACUUUGGGGGCGUCGCUCUGCUUCCCUUUUACCAUCACUAAAACUGUAUGCGGGCCUGGGUUUUAGUCCGUUUCUGUCAUGUUUGAUUUGAAAUCCUGUCAUUUUUUCACCCAGUCCUUUUUAACGUACACAUUCUUCUUACUGACCGAGUGAAGCCAUGUAAACUGAACUGUGUUCGAGCACUUUGGUUAUGGAAGGUCUUCUCUUUUAGAAGCUAGCAGCUACAAUGCCACCAUAAUGUUUCAAAUGUCUUAAAAAGAAUCAAAUUUACGAAGAAAUAAAAGACAUUGAUUUUGCAAACC